UCAUCUGACUCAAAGGAGCCACGGUGGAUAAUAGUACAUGCUGGUGGAUAGAUGGGCUUUAUACCCAAUGCUCAAUUAAUUUUUAGAUUCCAGUCUAAAUCGGGAGACUAUCAUGACGACAUGAACAGGAAUAAUUUCAACAAGUGGCUUGAGGAAAAGUUGUUGCCAAAUCUUCUUCCUCGGUCUUUAAUUGUAAUGGACAAUGCAUCCUACCACACGAUAGCUGUCAACAAAGCACCAACUAUGUCUAGUACGAAAUAUCAAAUGCAGAAAUGGAUUAAAAGUAAAGGUCUUACUUAUUUGCCGACAAUGGUAAAAGCUCAAUUAUAUGAGAUUGUAAAAGAGCACCAGGAACCACUUAAUUAUGAAGCUGACCAGAUGCUUGAAAAACAUGGUCAUAAAGUAGUAAGGCUUCCACCUUAUCGUUGCGACCUUAAUCCUAUCGAAUUAAUAUGGAGUGUACUAAAACGACGUGUCGCUGAAAAAAAAGUAGGACAAGAUGUAAAAAACACCGUUAAAAUUACUGAAGAAGCAUUUUCAAAAACUGCUGAAGAGUGAAAAAAGGAAUGCGACCACGUGAAAAAAAUAGAAGAUAAAUGUCACCAUGAUGGUAUAACUGUAGACAGUGAAACUGAUAAUUUUAUAAUUGAAUUAGUAGAUGAUGAUAGCGACACAUCUGAUGAUACGGAUGAAAGCCAUGAUUCAGAUAUAUGUCCUUUAGAUGAUCACACGUAUAGUAAAAGAAUAAAUUUUUGACGAAAUAAAUUUGCUUUUUUAUUUCACGAAUUUCAUGAUUUAUGUUUUCUCCAACCUUGUUACCCUUUGUAGAGUUCCAUAACUAUGACAUUAUGGCUGAAGGAUUAUUAUCAAACGUGGGUAGUUUUAUCCAGUUUCCCAUCCCACGGAGUGCAAAUAAACAUGUAUCUUUAAACCAAAUGUCUGCCUGAUAAUAAAGAUAAUUUAUCUGCAGUAGUUUACCCCAAAUUUUGGUGAUUUGAUUUCUUCAAACCGUAGCAAC